AUGCUUCACACGUCAAGCAAAGUGUCUAAGGUCGAUCCUCACACCGCCACUGUCGUGCUGGGAGAUGGCGGGGUAUUUCAGGGUGACAUAGUUCUAGGUGCUGAUGGUGUUCACUCCGUGGCACGUUGCCACGUCUCUGGGAGCGAAAUCCAACUGUUCAGCUCGGGCAAGAACGCUUUUCGCUUCAUGGUAUCUCGGAAAGAGACUCUGGAUGAUCCUGAAACAGCUGAGUUGGCGAAGGAGCUAGGAACAGUCGACAUGUGGCACAGUACUGGUCGUAAAGUGGUUAUCUAUCCUUGCGUGAAUAACGAGAUGUUGAACUUUGGCAUUGGGAAAAGCACAUUACUCGACGUCUAUAAGGAUUUUGAGCCGCGUGUCCAAAAAUUGUUGAAAAAAGCAGACCCGGAGACACUGAAGAUCUGGCCAUUGCUUGACAUGAAGACUCUUUCCAGUUGGGUUAAUGACCGUCUAGCACUUCUAGGCGAUGCUGCCCAUCCCUUCCUGCCAUACCGAGGAUCUGGUGGUGCUAUGGCUAUUGAGGAUGGCUUCUCAUUGGCCGUGAUGGAGACACUACCCAUUGAAGAAACCAUGAGGAUCGUGUGCGAUAUUCACGACCAUUCGACCCAACUCCUGCGCCAGCAUAAUUGGUCUAAAAACACUAGCGUUUACUAUCGCCAGCCUGUUGUCUUUGGCCCUCAAGACUUCCAAGGCAACAGUCGAAAGGCAAUGUUGACUAGCGCGACAUUCUGCACAGCUUCUAUCCGGUUCAAAACUAGAACCUGCUACCCACUGCUUCUUACAGCUUCUCGGGACCAGGAAUAUAAAGGAGCUGAUGGCAAAAUCACCGAAGGCUCAUAUCUGCCUGUUUUGUUUGAGGACCUUGCGGACCCCAUCAUAUCCGGGCGUGAAGAACUUGGAUUCCCCAAACUUUUCAGCGCCAUAGACGCCCAAAGGCGCAGAGAUUCAUAUCAUGUCACGAUGAGUUGGCGAGGAGCGGUUUGGGGCAGGAUGAGCUUGACAGGAUUUCAAGAAGAAUCGCCUGACGUGCAAUCUGCGUCUGGUCCCGGAAUUCUAGUGCACCGAUAUAUGCCAGCCGUUGGAAAGGAGCUCAAAGGUACCUCUGAUGCUGAAUACCCUGUUCUCGUCGAUAAUUCCGAGGACGCCAAGGCUGUUCCAUCUGGGAUCAAGCGUGUUCUCAACGCUGGACAUGGAACGGUACAGAUUGAUGAGUUGGACUGGAACAAACUCCCCACCUUACAUCACAUUAUCUCACGUCUUGCUGAAAUUCCGGUGUAUGAGGUGGUGGAGGCUAAAGUAGUAGAAGGGGAAGGCGUGCCGGAUGUUUCAUCGGCACGGAGGAUUCAACAUCUGUGAUGUUGAAUCUAGUAUAUGCUGGAGUAGGCAGAGCACUGAAGUCAUUGGGUCUAUGGAUGUAAAUAGGGUAUUAUUAUUAUUAAUCCGUAAUCCAUACUCCGUACUUAAUCUCCCCAUGCCGCAUCUAACACGCGUCUCCCUACAGAUCUGCU